AUGGCUUAUAAAAUGUCAUCCAAUGUUAGUAUCUUUGCGAGAUAUGAUGCAAAAAAGGAUCGAAAUAAGUCUUUAAUAGCAAGUGUUAAGGCGGGCACUGUAACAAAUAUUGAUUAUUCUAAUUACAGAAACUUUAGAGCCUGUAUCAAGGCUUGCGCGAUGCUCUACUUUCCUAAGCUAUUCAAAGAAGAAAAAGGUAAACGAAAAUGUAUUCUUAAAAGCGUACUUCGUGCCACCAUUAUAGAAAUUAAAAAUGAAGAUGGUUCUAAAAUAAAGAAACUCGAUUACGAUUAUAUUCAUAAUGCAAGGUGCAAUUCGGAUACUUCUGAUACAGUAGCGACAGUAAAGGACUUUUUGGAUUCUGUAUUAAAUUACGAGUUUCAAGGUGUAAUUUGCGGCAAUAAUAAAUUUACUGCUGCUAAUGCUAAGGAAUCAAGGGUUGAUUUUGUACCUUUCUAUCAUAUAUGCAGUAGAGAUAUCCACACUAAAUAUGUUAGUAAUUAUAACAAGGCUACCAAAAAAGCGUUGGAAAAAGUAUAUAGUGAUAAAAUAGGAAGGCCUGUUGAUUUAAAGAACUUUUCUUGCCCUUUUUCUCAAAGUAUCAAAGGUGAAGAUCAUAACUCUGAUCCAGAAGUAGAUCAUGUAUUACCUAAAACACAAAUUCAUGAGAAACUAUUGGCUUCUGUUUAUUUAUUAAAUAAACUAAGAUCAGUUUGUGGCGAUCAAGAAAAGAAGGACUAUGAUGAGUUUUUACUGUCUAAAAAUAAGUUUUACGUUUUAAAUCUAACAUUUAGAAGAGAUAAUAAAAGCAAAGUAUUUAUCUUUGCCACAAAAAUUCUCGCAGUGCAAGUACAAAAUGAUACCCGCAAUUUGAUGUUUAUGUGCAGUUUAUGUAAUGAGAGAAGGAAAAAAGGUGGAUGGAAGGACGAGUUAGUUGGAUUAUCUUCUUUUUAUCCUAUUAAAGACCUAAUAGAGACUACAUUGGGAAAGGCGGAUGUAUCGAGAAGGUUGAUUCUCGAAGAAGCUGUAGUCUUCAGAGAGAAAGUUGUUCGAACCUACACUAUAGAUGAAGAGAAAGUACAAGAUUUUAAGAAAUUCCGUAAUUAUCUCGGUGAAGUCAUUCAAAAGUAUCCUGAGUCAGUUAAAGAAAUUUCAAAAUUAGCGAUGGAUACCAUAACGCAAAAGAUAUCAGAGCUGGACCUUUAG